AUUUCCGACUUUUAUUUUUAAAUGAGAAACAGGAAGCACUUUAUUGUCUCAUCGGGGAUAACUUGGCAGUCUUCAUUUCAGUGCGAGGAGUGGGAGAGCCCUCCGGCACUCAGCAGUGGAGCGACUGUGGCAACCGCCGCGGCCGCCUCUCUCCCUCCCACGACCCGCUUUCAGUAACCCGACACCGCACUGCCGACGAGCGGUCAUCACACUCCGUUGCCUCGCACCUCUACCGAGAGCUCGUAUUCUCAACGGGGCUUCUCUGUUAACAUUACUUCGCUUCUGAAAACAAUUCGCACACUCCAGACUUCACAAUAAGCCACCAAGUAAGAAACCUUCCGUUUCUGAAUGACGGGCGGUCGGUUCGACUUUGACGAUGGUGGCACCUAUUGCGGAGGCUGGGAAGACGGCAAAGCCCACGGCCACGGUGUCUGCACGGGACCCAAGGGCCAGGGGGAGUACACUGGCUCCUGGUCCAACGGUUUCGAGGUGGUGGGUGUCUACACUUGGCCCAGCGGGAACGUAUACCAGGGAUACUGGGCGCAAGGGAAACGCCACGGACUCGGCGUAGAAAGCAAGGGCAAGUGGAUUUACCGGGGAGAGUGGACUCACGGGUUCAAGGGCCGGUACGGAGUCCGACAGAGCUUGAACACACCGGCCAGGUACGAGGGCACCUGGAGUAACGGGCUGCAGGAUGGCUAUGGCGUGGAGACCUACGGUGAUGGAGGGACAUAUCAGGGUCAGUGGACUGGUGGGAUGCGUCAUGGCUACGGUGUACGUCAAAGUGUCCCAUACGGUAUGGCCUCUGUCAUCCGCUCCCCUCUUCGAACUUCUCUGGCUUCCCUCCGUAGUGAGCAGAGUAAUGGUACAGUACUCCGUGACAGCCUGUCUGACAGUCCUGCAGGCACACGUGGUGGCUUCGUGCUCAACUUCCACUCAGAUGGAGAGAGCUCAGAAAAAAAGAAGAGUCUUUUCCGUCGUGGCUCCCUCUUCGGCAGUCUUCAACGACUGCGCAGAUCAGACUCACGCUCGUCAAUUUCCAGUAAGCGGAGCUCAGCACACAGUGACACCACCAUGAGCCGCAUCAGUUCAAGUGACGCCAACUCCACCAUUAGCUUUGGAGAUGGAGACCCGGGCGAUGACUAUCUGACUCAGGAAGAUAAUGUGGAUGCCACCACCACCGAGUCCUACCUGGGCGAGUGGAAGAAUGACAAGCGCAGUGGCUUUGGUGUCUCUGAGCGCUCUAACGGCAUGAAGUACGAAGGUGAGUGGUUGAACAAUAAGCGCCAUGGCUAUGGCUGCACCAUCUUUCCAGAUGGCACCAAGGAAGAAGGGAAGUACAAGAACAACGUACUAGCCCGGGGCAUCAGGAAGCAGCUGAUCCCACUAAAGAACACCAAGACCAAACAGAAGGUGGAUCGAGCCAUCGAGGGAGCAGUAAGAGCAGCAGCUAUCGCCAGAACCAAAGUGGAAAUUGCCAUCUCCAGGACAUCCCAUGCUCGGGCCAAAGCAGAGGCUGCAGACCAGGCAGCGCAGUCAGCUAGCCAGGAUUCGGACAUUGCCAGAGCUGCAGCCAGAGAGCUCUCCCCAAGUUUCCAUCAGCCAGGCCCUGACUACAUACGGCAGAAGUAUAAUGAGCCAGUAGAGGUUAAGGAGGUUCCUGUGGAGGAGAAAAAGGAGUCUCCAUCAGGGAGCCCUCAUUUCUACCGGAAAGGAACAACGCCUACCCAGUCUCCAUCUCAGAGCCCAGGUCCCAGCCUAAAUCCUUCACCAACUGCUGUUAAGAAGACGUUUUUCAGCAGCAAAACUCCAACCACCGUUGCUCCUGCAAAGCCGGCUGGGAAAGAGAACAGAACCCCAACAGCUGAGUCUUUGACAGCAGGCAUAACAAAGGCAGCAUCAAAACUUUCUCUCAGACAUGAAAUGAGGCUACAGGAGGCUCCUCCAGUAGUCAAACCAGCUGUUACCAUGACAGUCAGCAGUUAUCCUAGCAAUGGGCAGAUUCACUCCCAGUACCACGGUUACUAUGUUAAGGCAGAUGUCAAGAGUCCGCCACCCGAUGAACCAAUUGGUGUAGAGGACGACCUUCACCCAUCAAGCCUUGCAUGGUUGCCACCACCUGCCAAACAGAUUCAGAUGCCCCUAGCCCCUAGCUCUUCAUCAGUUCCAAUAAAAGAGAGUACCAAAGCACCAGAGCCUCCCAAGUCAAAAAGACAGGAAUCAACCAAACCAAAGAGCCUCGCAGAAACCAAGAAAGCUAGUAUGGAAAUAGCACCUGAAAUUGUAGAGGAGGAGUCGGGCCCUAACUCUAUAUUGGUGGCUCUUGUGAUGCUGUUGAAUGUAGGUCUAGCAAUCAUUUUUGUCCAUUUCCUCACCUGACCAAAUCUCAACUCAGUGGACUCAUCCAAACUAGUCGCCCAAGCUGCUAACCCUCCAUCAGCCAAAAGGGCCUUUUAAAAAAAUGACACCAGUCAGAACAGCAGACACAGGCAAAAUGGAGUACUGAAAAUAGACUAGUGAAGGAGAAGGAGGAGAAGGAGGAGGAGAAGAAGUGGAGAAAAAAGCACAUGGAGGAGAGAGAGAGGGGAGAAAAGCAGAGAGAGAGAAAGAUGAAACUUCCACCAACACCACCCCACCCAACCCCCAACCCAACCCUCUCUCUAGAUGGACUGAAUGACUGUCUUUGGUGCCCGGGUCCAACCUGAUUGGACUGGCGAUGAUUUGUGACUCCACUCAGAGUGCAGUGAAAGCUGAAGCAAGCAGUUGCUGGUUGGAAAUGGGCCUCUGAGCUCCAACUAUGGAUUCUCUAUCAGGGUUAGAAAUAACAGGAGGCCUGGAGAGUAGAGUGAAUGUGAGUGAGCGUGAGGCCUGGCAUCUAUACUGCCUAUAAAUGCCUGUAAUGUUUGUGCUUGUCUGUCUAUAGCUCCAUUUCCAUCCAACUGUUAAGCAAAUGUGGAAGUUCUGAAAUGCUGCAAUAAAAAGUUUGUGCCUCGUCCAGCUGAGUUAAAGAGAAUUUGUCUCCUAAAUGAUCCACCAGAAGAACUUAGAGCGUCUUUAGACAUUUGCAGUUUGUGGCAGUCAGAUACGUUACAUAAAAUAUUUAUGAGCUUUAGUGCACUUUAAUUGAACUGUUCACCACGUCAGUCACACCAAGAACUGACGUUCUUGGUUUUUAGGCAAUCAAUGCCUUUUUCACUGCAUGCAUUUUCUGCUUCAGGUGAGCAUGAAGAAGUUUUUGCAAUGGACUUUUUGUUGAAUUAUGGUGCUUUUAGUCAAUUUUUCUCUCACAUAAAAAUCCACACAAAACUAUUUGGAUGGAAACCUAGCUUCUGCAUAUCUUAGUGUAUUUUACACGUGUCUGCUUCUGCUGUGUGUGUGUGUGUGU